AUGAGAAUUAGAGCUGUUGACGCGCGAUACGGUGGUGCAUGCCAUGAUUCCCAUGUAUGGAACCUGUCCAGUGAGAGAAGGGCUUUAAAAGCUCGUUUUGAUAAUGGCGAGAGAGGGAUAUGGAGUCUUGGCGACUCAGGAUAUCCAUUGGAACCAUGGAUGUUAACUCCCUAUCGUAAUGCCGCCGAAAAUUCAGCAGAAGGCCGGGUUAAUCAUUGCCAUGCCAAAGGACGGUCAAUCAUCGAACGAGUAUUUGGAAUAUUGAAAGGAAGGUUUCGAUGUCUUUUGGCAGCACGCGAGCUGCAUUAUACUCCGCAAAAGGUUUCAGCUAUAAUGAACGUUUGCUGCGCUUUGCACAACAUUUGUCUGCAAUUUAAAGCUAAGCUGCAACCUUCAGAAGUUUUUCCCACAGAAGAUGUACAUUUAUUAGAAACUGUGAAUAUGGUGGAAGCGGACAGUAGUACAGCAAAUAUUUCUAGGAACUUAAGAGAUGAAAUAAGAAACAGUUUAAUUGCAUAGGUGUAGCAAAAUAUUUUAUUAAUUCAAGUGUGUGUAUACAC